GGAAAGCUCCAUCUGGCUGCUGGAAGGCGGGACGCAAGCGGCGCGCCACGCUAAGCACACGCAAUUAUUAUUAUUGCAUUAUUAUUUAUUAUUUAUAUUAUAAUAAAAACGAAGAAAAGGAAAACGUGUGAUACUGACCGUCACGAGGCGUGCAGUGCAGUGCAGCUGUGUGUGCUGUUGUCUGCGCCCCGCCGCACACCGACAGCCUCGCUACCGGGCCCCACCUGCCAGCCUGUACCCCCCACGCGUACCCUUUCCUACCAUACAUACCCCACCACCUCCUCUUCUCCCCAGUCAGUCGCCUUCACUCUUCAGUCUUCACCCACCACCACACACCUCUUCCCCCCCUUCUCCCUCCCUCCACCGCCGACGAGCACAGCAGCCCGCACCCGAAUCCACAGCAUCCCCGCCGUCGCAAUGGGCAGCGGCGCCCUCCCACUGCUCUUCCUCCUCGUCCUCUCCCUCGCAGCCGCCACCACCGUGGCGGCAUUGGAAGCGGAGCAUCAGAGCCCGCCUGCAUUGUCGUCCCCAUCCACCGCCGGCGGCGGCGGCGGCGGCGGCGGCGGCUCGGGCGUGAGCUCCAACUCCGUCCUUGUAGCGCUACUUGACUCGCGCUACACGGAGCUAUCCGAGCUAGUAGAGAAGGCGCUGCUGCUGCAGCCGCUGGAGACCGCCGUGGGCAGAGGCAACGUCACUAUCCUGGCGCCCCGGAACGAGGCCCUGGAGCGGGACCUGGACCCGGAGUUCCGGCGGUUCCUGCUUGAGCCCCGCAACCUUCCUUCCCUCCAGUCGCUGCUCCUCUUCCACGUCCUCCCCGCCCGCCUCCACGCCGCCUCCCUCCUCUCCCGACGCCACCACCCCACGCUCGCCGGCGAGCCGCUGGAGCUCGGGCCCGCCGUGUCCCGCGCCGUGACGCGGCCCGACGCGGUGGUGCGCGCGGACGGCGUCAUCCACGGCGUGGACCGUCUCCUCGUCCCGCGCUCCGUCCAGGACGCCUUCAACCGCCGCCGCAGCCUCGCGUCGUCCAUCUCCGCCGCGCUCCCGACCGGCGCCCCCGAGGUGGACCCGCGCACGCACCGCCUCCUCAGGAAACUGAGCCCCGGACCCGCCCCGCCGCUGGGUGCCCCGCCGGCGCUCCCUGUCUGGGACGCGAUGGCACCCGGCCCAUCCAUCGCGCCGGCGCCGGCGCCGGGUCCAGGCACCGGGACGCACCGCUUCGACGGGCACGGGCAGGUGAAGGACUUCAUCCAGACGCUCCUCCUCUACGGCGGGUACAACGAGCUGGCCGACAUCCUCGUGAACCUCACCUCGCUCGCCACCGAGAUGGGCCGCCUCGUCUCCGAAGGGUACGUCCUCACCGUGCUGGCCCCCAACGACGAGGCCAUGGCGCGGCUCACCACGGACCAGCUCAGCGAGCCGGGGUCGCCGGAGAACAUCCUGUACUACCACGUGAUCCCGGAGUACCAGACCGAGGAGUCCAUGUACAACGCCGUCCGGCGGUUCGGCAAGGUCCGGUACGACACGCUGCGGCUGCCGCAUAAGGUCACCGCCCGCGAGGCCGACGGGUCCGUCAAGUUCGGCGCCGGCGAGGGCAGCGCGUACCUCUUCGACCCGGAUAUCUACACCGACGGUAGGAUCUCCGUGCAGGGCAUCGACGCCGUGCUGUUCCCGCCGGCCGAGAUCGGCGGGACGCGCCCCGCCGCUGUCGCCGCUCCCACCUGGAAGGCGCCCGCCGUCACUGGUGGCGCCGACAAGCCCAAGCUCCGACGAGGGAAGCUGUUGGAAGGGGCUUGCCAGUUGAUGGGCGUCUUCGUCGGGCGAUCGCGGCUGUGAGAUGAGCCAAAGCCAAUGGGAAUUUGGGAUGGAACGGACGGUGAAAUUUUGGUCUGUCAGUCUGAAUUAUUAGGACAUGGGUGGUGAUGAGGAGGACGGGAGAGCUGGACACGGGUUUGCUUGGUUGCGGGAUGUGCGAGGGGGAAGAGUAUGGAUGAGGAGUUGUUUAUACUGGAGAGUAAAAUGUACAGCAACUAGAGCCCCUUUCUUGUUUUUUUUUUCUUUUCCUUUUUUUUUAAUUUGUUUUAUUUUUUAGUUGAUUAUGUUCAUCUUUUUAAUAGAAGAAUCUGAAAAAUGUAAAUUCGCCGAUGGUAA